AUGAGCCAGGAGCUGCGUGCAAUGCGGCGGUUGCAGCAGCAGCUGCAGCUGCGCGGGGUGACGGUGGAUCGCGCGGCUUUACAGAGCGUGGCGGAGUACGUGGUGGAGGCGGGGUGCAGCGAGCAGCGCGCCGUCGACGACCUGCUCCGCGGCAUCACCGCGCUCGAACUGGGCGUGCAGGUGGUGUCGCGCGAAGUGGUGCGCCAGGUCCUUCUGCAGCCCCUCCGCGCGCGCUCUCGCGGGCCCCCCGCUGAUGGGGGGGGACCUGCAGGCGGAAGCAGCCGCGGCGAGCGCGCAGGGGAUGGCGCGCGGCCAGAUGCGCUGGGGGGCGUGGGGAGGAACGGGGGAGCGGGGGAGGUGAUGGAGGGGGGGCGGGGGGAGGCUGGGGAGGGGUGGAUGCGCGAGUGGCGCGCGGUGGUGGUGAUUGACGCCUUCACCAUGCCGCGCGUGGACUACGACCCCCUCCGCAAACACUUCUCCAGGUGCCCCCUCCCUGCCCCUCUGCAAACACUUGUCCAGGUGCCCCCUCCCUGCUUUCCCCGCCCCCAAGCUGACCGUGCGUGUGUGGUGGCCGUGGUUGAGUUGGGCGUGUGA